AUGAUAUCUGUAACUCAUAGUUACUGUUUCAGAAAGUCGGAGAAAUAUACUGAGGCCUCUCACCGUCCGUUGGCUUCGGCCUUCGCCCUUUUUACAUCUUUCUUUGAGGUGAUUGAUCUGCCCACUCUUAAAGGGCCUAUUUGCACAAAGUUGAUGGCCCCCUGCUCCCCACCGCCCUCUUACUGUUUUGAGCAAGUGCUUUCCCUCCAGAAUUUUCCCGGCUCUGAAAUUCUCGCACACUUGCAUCAGCACGCGUCUUUCGUGCAUACUGUAGGUGUCGUGUGCACCGUGAGUGACUUUUUCUACGAAGCCGAUUGGUUGGCCCGUUUCAGCAAACAGCCUGGCACCGGUGCAGAGAGUCCAACCCAAAACAACUUUCCUGCCACUAAACCAAAAAAGGGGAAUAGAACGGACGAGCCGAAGGUCAAGGGAAGCAGCGAAAGCCAGGCGCACCAACCCGUUUCCUCAGACGGGUCUGUCCCGCAGGCGCAAAACGACGAUAAGCCGGAAACGGUGCCGGUCGAAGAGCAAACCACCCAGGGCAAUGUUUCACCGGCCAAAGUUGAUCCUGUAUCCGAAAUGCCGCCUGUAGUUUCACAGAAGCAGUCAGACGCCGAUGCAAGGAGUGUGACCCACAACAACCUUUCUGUUACCAAACCAGAAAAUGAUUCGACUAGCCAGCAGUCAGGUAUUAGACGGAGUAAUAAAGCGGAUUCCGAUCUCAGUCCCGUUAAGGGCGAGGAGCAUGACACUGCGAGUUCGCUGAAACCAGUAGAUCCAAUCAUCAGCGCGAACGCGGACAAUGUGAGUCCUAACGACCGCAAUUUGAAGUCGUUUGAUCGUGCAGAAGCUGAUGAUGGCGACUGUGUAGCACAAGAUUUUUCGCAGGCGGUCGCUACCAACGGCAUGCCGAAGAAUACAGACAAGGCAACGGCACAUGCUGAUGUGCACAGUGAUAAUCCUCUUCCUUCCACUCAUUCUGAAGGCGACCAUUUACAAGAAGCCGGAAUGCACAACACUUCUCCCCCCUCCAAACAGGCCUGUGAAGAUGAACUGGAUGUUGGUUUAGGCUUGCCGGUGGCUUCUGAUGAGGUU